UGGCGCUGGGAGACGCCUAUCACGAGGAUCCAACUCCGGGCUCGUCCUAUGGCUCGUCCCUGCGGUCCCUAUCCUCUCUUGGCCGUCGGAAGUGGCUGUCCUUUGGGCCUGCUUCAUUGGCCUGGCCCGCUGUCAGUCGCCUCCCUCUCGGUCCGCCUCUCCGGCUCUGUGUCCGCUCUAGUCUUCGCCGUCAUAUUGGCUAGACCCCCACCAUGACGAAGAAAUGCCUCCCCACGGCCUAAAACAACGAUAUUUAUAUUUUCAAUAACCUUAGUUUUAUUUAUUGGGCAGGGUAAACGAUUUCGGGAUGUUACCGUUAAGUACACGUGAAGAUAUUGCGCUUUCAACCGUCGCCGUGGUCCACAAGGGGGAUAUAAGCCUGACUUCUCUUAAUAGCCAUUUUUUGCAGACAAAGAAAGCUGUUGAAUAGUGCUUUCAAAGAGGCACACGGGUCCCAGUGGCUCUGCGCACAGAGGGACCAUGUGGAGUAACCUGAAGAGCAGAUGUCAAACCUUGUUCCACAGCAACAGUGCCACGGUGGAGGGGCGUCCCGAGACCGAGGAGGUGCACUGUGUAGUGGAGCUGAGUCCCCCCGAGCCCCUGCCCUCCGCCCCCUCCAGUCCGGCACGGAGCCCACAGCCUGCCCAAACUGCCACAGGGAGGCGCCAUCACAACUGUGUGUCAGACAUCCCACAGAUCGUGGAGAUCUCCAUAGACAAGGACACAGAGGAUUUACGGGCAGGGGCGGGUGUAGCCCUGGCCCGUAGAGACUCGUACUCUCGGCACGCACCAUGGGGCGGCAAGAAAAAACACUCAUGUUCCACCAAAACUCAGAGCUCUCUGGAAGGCCGCUCGGGCAGGCUGAGGAGCAGCCGCAGAGAGAGGCGCUAUGGGGUCAGCUCGGCCCCAGAGAUGUGCGACUCUGUCCCGGGGCGGGGGGUCAACAGCCGGACCCUCAGGCAGCGCCUCAGUGACACAGUGGGCCUGUGCCUGCCUCUGCCCACCCACAGGCGCUCCCGCUCAGCCAAGUCCCCCAUCUCCACCAAACGCAAGAUCCAUCUGACGGAGCUAAUGUUGGAGACCUGCCCCUUCCCCCCGGGCUCCGACCUGGCCCAUAAGUGGCACCUGAUCAAACAGCACACGGCGCCCGUGAGCCCCCACUCCUCCACAACUCUGCUGGACGCCUUCGAACCAGGACAGACAUCUCCCGAGGACGAAGAGGAGCGUCUGCGCGAGCGCCGCCGCCUCAGCAUUGAGGAGGGCGUAGACCCGCCCCCCAAUGCCCAGAUCCACACCCUGGAGGCCUCCGUCCCCUCGUCCACACUCUACAAACUGGGACCAAAGAUGACCCCUGGCCUGGCAGAGGCCGAGGGCCGCUCGGGGGCCACCGGGGCCUCAUCACAGGACUGUGACUCUGAGGAGGACUCCACCACCCUGUGCCUCCAGGCGCGACGUCCCAAACAGAGGCACGCUUCAGGGGAGGGCCACAGCCGGCAGCAGCCAGGGCCGUGGAAGGUGCACACUCAGAUCGACUAUAUCCACUGCCUGGUGCCAGACCUGCUGCAGAUCAGCGCGCUGCCCUGCUACUGGGGUGUCAUGGACCGCUACGAGGCGGAGGCUCUGCUGGACGGCCGACCUGAGGGCACCUUUCUGCUAAGAGACUCUGCACAGGAGGACUACCUGUUCUCCGUUAGCUUCCGGCGCUACAACCGCUCACUGCACGCACGCAUCGAGCAGUGGAACCAUAACUUCAGCUUCGAUGCCCACGACCCGUGCGUGUUCCACUCGACGACGGUCACGGGGCUGUUGGAGCACUAUAAGGACCCCAGCGCCUGCAUGUUCUUUGAGCCUCUGCUGACGGCUCCGCUGCACCGGACCUUCCCCUUCUCGCUGCAGCACUUGGCGCGCGCUGUCAUCUGCCGCCGGACCUCGUACGAUGGCAUCGGGGCACUUCCGCUGCCGCCCGCUCUGCAGGACUUUUUAAAGGAGUAUCAUUACAAACAGAAAGUACGAGUGCGCUGGCUGGAGCGAGAGCCUCUGCUUAAGCUCAAAUAGUCUGAGAUUAACUGAACUAGAGAUGUUCCUUAUCAGGAGACUACGGCUCUUUGGUGGGAAUUAAAUGUAACAAGCUAUACCAGAUUCAUUCUAAUCUUUAGUUAUUACUUACAUCACAAAUACAUAUGAUUAUACUCAGUAUAACGGCAAGCACACGGCUUGUGCAACAGGUUUUCUUUGAGAGUGAGGGAAGGCACAAAUAUAAGCACUUUGUGUUUUUUCUCUUCUUUUGUGCUAAAUGUCUGCCUGACCCAACAGGGCCACCUGCCUGUGACCUGCAUGCCUCCCUGUCACCCCAGUGGUCACAUCUGUACAGUGCACUCUCCAUGUCUUUGUCUUUAAGCACCAAGUCACAUCAGGCUCUGCUCCUCUGCACAAUGACCCACCACCAGUUAAGUAUAGGUUAAUUAUUAUUAAUCAGACAAAUCUAGCACAGCUGAUCAGAAAUGUUGGCAGUUGUAGAAAUGAUUUGAUUUUUAAGACGCAAGUUUUAUUGAUCACAUUUAAAUUAUUUAUCUUACGUUUUAGACAGAGUUCUAAAUCAUGUGACUGUAGUGUUCCUGCAGUGUCACAUUUGGUGCUAAUUUAUGAGAGGUGAAGGCUUGGCUUCAGGGAAAAAUGGUUAGAAAGUCCUUUUAAUUUAGGUAAAUAAUGGAUCAGUCUGCAGCGUUUUACUUUUAAUAAGAUUAGACGUUCCCCGAUUAAUCAGCCACCGAUUAUCAAUGACAUGAACAGUGAUCAGCAAAAUCAGACAUAACACUUAGCCAUGUAGAUAAAUGAUCGGCAGCUAGAGGCACAUUAUUGGCUUAAAUUGUCUGCAAAAUUCCAUUGAUGCUAUAACUAGUUUGAUUUUGGUCAAACGUCGUAUCAUCAAAAGCCUAUAUUAUUUAUAUAUAUGUGAUACAUAGUGAUAUAUCACUAUAUCAAAAUAUCGCCUGUGAUCAGCAUCAGCUGAUAAAAAUUUCAGAUAUUUGGUAUCGGUGAUAGGCCUCAAAAAUCCUGAUCGGAGCACUUCUAAAUAAGUUUAUCUUCAACUCCACUUUGUACUAGCAGUAUUCAGUCCAUUUACUUCAGUGUGCUCCUGACGAAGCAACUUUCCAUAUUUUCAGUAACAAGUCAAUUACAUACACUUUAUUAAAAACAUUAAGCAUAUUUUAAAAGUAGCUGUUGAAGUAUGGCUAUAUUAGCCUAUAUUACAAUCAAUUUACAAGAGUUGAUUUUUUGAUUAUUUUGGAUCUAGUCAAAAUACAGCUGUCAGUGAAUCUUUAACUAAUAUAUCUGGAUAAAUUUCCUAUUAAAUCCAUGGCACGAGUUUAGAGAGCAGUGGUUCAUUCAGGCUUGUUUUAUGGGGAUAGGGCUGCGGAAGGAGAGAGCAGGUAAAACUGUGGCAUAAAUGUGAAAUAUUGAUGAGAUCACAAACCGGAAAAGUUCAGCUGGAGGUCUCAGACAGGCUCGCAUUUCACUGCAUAUGAGUCUAUGAUACAAACAGGAUAUUUGGACUAAUGACAUGGCAUUAUUCAUCAACAUUGAGUAUCCCAUUUUCCAUAGAGCCACCCAACCCUUCCCCAUAGCAAUGUUUAGGUCUGUCACGAGUAAGUUCUUGACAGGAACUUGUCAUCCCUCAGUAAUAUUUAAUGUAUUGCAUCCAUUGGACUUACAAAUUAGUCAGUUCAGAAUGAUCAGGAGUAAGAUAAGCCAAAAUGUUCUGUUUAACCAAGUAACUUUACUGAUAUUGUUAAUUCUGCACAACAUGCAGGCUAGAUUGUCUGUUACACAUGUACUUGAAAUUAGUGCAGUUCAAAGGGGGCAGUGCAAUUUUGUAUUGUCAUUUAAAACAAUUUACAACUUAAUAGCAAAUUAUAGCCAUUUUCCCCAAGAUAUGUUUCCAUAGAUAACCACAGGCACCCCAAACAAUACAUUUCUUCAAUUUAGAUAUUGUAUUUAGCACUCUUUUAAGUCAUUUUAAAAUAUAGGUAAGCCAUAGUUAGUUACCUUUAUGUUACUGUAAAAUGUGAAAAUCUUCUCUAUAGGUGUCUUACAAAAUUGCAGUUUGAACGAGGCCUGGGAUGAUAACAAAUUUGAAGUGUGAUACGUUGCUACAUAACAGUAUCACAAUGAAGUUGAAACUAAUGAUAAUCCUUGUAAACCUUUUUCUCAGAGGUAUUUUUUAUAUUUAUAUGUAAGAAGGCAGAUUAAACUAAUGAUUCACAAGUUUAAUCAGUUUUUGUAUAAAUAUAGUUUCCUAGGACUUUUUUUCUGCUUAUAGUUACUUUGCCUGAACUCCUGUGCAGUUGUAGUCUUGUGGGUGCAGUUUGGGUCAGAUAUAUAGAGAUACGCAAUAGCUUUGAGAGCUUUUGCCACACACCCUUUUUUAACAACUAAUUGAACAGCAGGACAUUUCUUUGGUCAACCAAGAAUUUCAUUAGUGGACUACAGCUGUAAAUAUAUCGCACAUCAAAAUUUGUUAUCGUGACACAGGCCUACCCUCUCUCUCCCUCUCUCCUAGGCCUUAUAAUCACUGCUUCAUUCCUCCAAGUGGGAUAUAAAUUUCUCAGAGGCUGCUGUGUGACCGCGGGAGGCCAUUUUUCGUAACUCCUCCACCUGUUUCUGCUCCAUCUGUCCACGUCGCAUAGAUAAGAACGUGAUUUAGAGCGUUGAGUUGUCCCGCUAUGCCCCCAGUCCCGGACUAUUCAAACUGUCAGGGCAAGAGAUUCAGUUUAUAGAAGCUCUCUCAGUAAUAUUAGCAUAGGGAAAAGUACUUAAUAACAGUGUACAAUGUAGUCACAACAUUUUCAGAUAGAGUUAACUUUUUUAUGAAAUAAGAUGGGUGACAAAGAGAAGUUUUUACUGUUAUAAAGUCAAUGGAGCUAUUCAAAAGUUACAAGUGUAGUUAGUGGCGCAGUAGAGUUUAAGCAGCCAUGGUGAAUACAAUGACCAUAACCUUAUUUAAAAUAUAUAUUGAAAACUUUAAACUACAGCAAAGUGUAUUUGUUACACCUAAUCAAGUUUUAGAAGUAAUUCAAAUUUUCUGUUCAAUCAUGAGUCCCAAACUUUAAACUUAAGCCUGAGCCAAAAGUCCUCACUGCUCUUCAGACCUCAGUUUUUUGCUUUUAAGUUAAUCCUAAUUAAUUUAGCUUAAGAUAGUUCCUGUAAUAUUUAAUUUUACAUUUCAGAGUCCAAACAUCUGCAAUAUGUUGAACAAACAAUACAUCUGUUAUGAACCUAAUAUGUAGGUUUGCAUCGCUCAGUAUUUACACUUUUACACUUGAAAUUAGCACUUUACUUGCCAUAUAAUGUUAAUAUUUUGCAGAACGUUUGAACACAUCUUUUCUUAAUUACAGUACAAUACUUAAGCUAUUUUAAUAAUUAUAUUAGUGAGCUCAAAUGUAUAUGGAUAUUUAUAGGGAAAAAUAUAGCCCAUUGUUUUCAACUGGUUCAAAACAUUUCAAUAUUCAAAGUCUACACUGCAAAAAAGAUUAUCUACAUAAUUUAUAAAUACAUUUUUAGUGUAGUGUAUUAAUCUUGAUUAACAAUAUUUGACUCUUUAGAUGCAUGAAGUUAAUGGGUCUUGUUAAUUUUUUAUCAUUCAAGACAGUUAUGACCUAUUUUCAGUCCAUUUAUACAUUUUCAGAAAGCAAAAUUGUUUGGCAGUGAAGUAGAAAGUUUUUCUUACUGCAAGUGCAACUUAUAAGAAUUAACUAUGGAUGGAUAAUAUUGACAAAUAUUAUGGCAUUCAGAAAGGUCUUGCUUGUGUUGAGAUUUAAGUAUCACACAAAAAUGUGAAUGGACUGUAAAAUUAACCACAACAUUUCAGAAAUAUCGAAUCCUUUAUUUGAAAGACUAUAUUUUAAGAUUGUUUUAUUAAAGACUAUAUUCUUAAUACUAAUCUCCUAAUUGUACCUCCAAACCAAUAUAUAUUUUUUUUUAUAUUUCUCCCAGCUCUGUAUUGAAUCAUGUUAAAUAAAUCAAGAUUAAUACCCUGAUUUCAAGCCAUUAUAGUAGAUAAUCUUUUUUAUAAUGUGAAGUAGUUGCCAUGUUGCAGACUGGUGCUUGUUUGGGAGGUGCUUAGACAGAGCCACAUGGAGGGUCCUGGGAUGCAGAGGGGAGUGAGGGGAUCAUUCUGACUCCUAUAUGAACCACCCCUCUGCCCCCCUUUACCUUUUUCACCCCCCCUCUCCCCUCCUCUCUUGUCCCAUUACGUGAACUCAGGCAGCCCCCCCACCCCCCCCAUCGCUUUGAGAGUCCACCCCCGGACCCUCAUGCCCUGUUUUCCCCAUGGGAAAUUUGUGACAUUAACCGUAGCACAUGUUUGCCAUAUAACCCCUUAGCGUUAGGAAUAAAAAGACUUUGUAUGUAUGAUGAAUGAUGAAUUAUAUGUAAUAGGAGCCUGAUGAAAAGACGAUAUUUUCUGUGGUGCAUUAACUGUCAUGAACUCAUUUGCACACGCGCUGCAGAUAUAACAGAUAGGACACCUGCAUUUCCACUGUCUCAUGCAUCAAACCAGAACCAGACCCAGAUUAAACCUGGACCGAGCCAGGACUAAACCCCAUGGGGUGUAAAAUGGACCACAUUACCCAGAAUCCCCUCUUUCUUUGAGACCUCUUUUCCACUGAGAUGAACCAGGAGCUCAUUCUUGGCGGAGACUUUAACAAUUUAUUUAUUUUUGUAGACACGCCCCCUUUUAUGACCUCCGUAUGUAAUGCUAGUGAUUUUGAAUUAGAUGAGAGUUUUCCAUUUAUCCUUGACAAGUGUAAGAUCUAUUAUAAUAUCCACAUAAUUCACAUUUUACUGUCUCCUCAUGGCAGAUUUCCAAACUGUGAGCUGAGCUGUACAGUUAUCGACUGAUAUGAAGUUGUACAGGUCCAUAGAUCUUCCACCUUAAUCAAAGUGUAUGAAUAGUAUAAAAUUGAGGG